AAUGGACUCCAAACUGUUCCAAUUAGUGAUGAUUAUGAGUUUCCAGAGAGCAGUUUGGAUGCUUUGGAUGGUGAUUUCUUGAGCAAAACCUACACAUUUAAUGCAAUAUUCACAAUAGACGGAUUGCCGGACAGAUUCUGUUCAAUCUCCAUUCAUCUAACAGACAACACCCCACCAACAGCCUCUUGUCCAGAGGUACCAGUGAUCCUUGAAGGAGACGAAUGCUCUGAAGUUGAUGUUUCAGAACAUUGCAACAGAGAUUGGUUCACUGACAAUGUGGGGAUUCCUGAAAACAUCUGUGAUGCUGAUAAGGCAUCUUCCACCGGUUUUGACGUGCUUCCAGGUAUACCUACAACUGUGGAGUGGCAAAUAAGGGACAUCAGUGGUGUCAGUUCAGAAGAUGAAUGCACCAUUGAAUUUGUCUGCCAAGCUCUAGCUCCAGAGUGUGAGAACCUACCGACAAUACCCAAAUUUGGUGCUCUGGCCUGUGGGAAGAAAAAGCAAGGAGGCCAGCAGUGUGUCCUUUUCUGCCAUAAGACAAAAUUAAUGAUUUUGUCAGAUACACUGUCGACCAACUUGAUCAACUGCAACGGUGAGGAAUGGGACCAAACAUUGGGCGGCAGGAGCUGUGAUAGAGUAACUAAACCUGGAGCCACAGAGAAAUAUGUCAACUUCUCAUUUUCAAGCAAGAAAUGUGAAACUAAUCCAGAAGAGUUUGAGGAACAUAUCCUUGAAGUACUCUACAACUACCAAGAAGAUCAUGAUCUUGCAUGCAAAACAAGUGAAAAUGACAUUAACAAAAUCUGUGAUGCCAAGAUUAAAUUCCACUGUGGCAGCAAAGUAAAUAAUCGACGCAGACGACAGCUGGCAACAUUUAUCACAAAUGUAACCAUCCACUUUGGAGUAUCAGAGUCAUUCUCAUACACUGGUGAUGAGACUGUUGUCGAGGCUCAACUACUGGCACUUAAUACUUGGGUCCAAAAGACAGUUGACAUACUGCAAGCACUGGUCACAUCAGGAAACUUCACCAUCAUCAUGAAUGGAACAGUCUUCACUGCUGACCCCCAGUCUUUCAGCUCAUCCCCACUGCAAACCGUGUGCAGAAGUGGACAAGUAAUCGUCGGCAGUAGAUGUUAUCCCUGCCCAGCUGGUUACCACCAUGACAGUUUGAACAACACCUGCCUGUCCUGUCCCUAUCACACCUACCAGGAACAGGAGCAACAAGUCACCUGUCUUCCCUGUCCAAAUGGCACCAUCACAAUCAGAGAUGGUGCUGUUGGCUUAGAGGAAUGUAUCCCAGGACUAGUGGAUAGCACAUCUCAUCUUUCCCCUAAAGUGUUCCUUGCACUGGGGUUCAUCUUUGGCUUUGCUAUAGGUGUAUUAGCCCUGGCACGCUACUGCAAAAAGCAAAAGUCUAAUAAGGUAACCACGGUGAAGCCAUUUGUACCCAAGAAUGACCUGCAACAGGUUAUUGGAAAUGAUGGGCACGCGCACGGUUAUCCUUUGAAAACUAAAGACAAGGCAACAUCAGACUGGGUAAUUAUCCCAAAAACUUUGCCAAAAGGUAACAAAAUCACACCGGGUCCCAUGCAUCUGUCAGCAUGGGACACUUGUUGCACGGACCCGAAAGCUUCAAUGGAUCCUGGUCGUGUGUUGUUGCCGAGAACACCUAUCCCACCUAAUAAGAUAGUAGUACGUGACAAAGGCACACCUCCCCCACAGGUGCCCAACAUUGUAGAGUCAGACUGCUGAGGGAGCAACUAACAACUGAACUGAAUGCUGUUUUAUUCUGUACAUAUAAAUGUAUCUAUUGUUUAUAUUUGUUGACAUGCAUGCUCAAUGGAUUCUUGAGCUGCAGGACUACAUUGUAAGUGUUGCAGUUUGAAUGUUGGUACAGUGUGUGAGAGUGUUGACAAUUGAGACAUUGAUACUCAUACAUUAUUCAGAAAUAGUCCAGCAGAUAUAAUGUUACCUUAAGUUUAUACUACUACACAGGAGUUGUCGUGAUUGAAAUAAAGUAAAUGUGUAUGGAUUAAAGCCAUAUAUGCCAUACGUCAAUUCCUGCUAAAACAUGUUCAAUAGCAGGUGUUAGUAUACAAGAAAGUGUCAUAAAAAUAAUAUCAAAGCACAUAUCUCUCUUUGCCAUGGAUUUAUCUAUAGUCUAAAAAGUUGCUGUGUUUAAUGAAGUGGUACAAACCUUGUAACUUUAAACAUGUUGUAUUGGUGUUGCUGCUGUUGUGGGAAUACGUUCAAUAAACGAGACUCACUCUGAUGAUAAGUGCUUGUUGUCUGUGUCUGUUGCAACAAGUGUUCUGGGAUAUUUCAUGAAAACUGGUCACUCGAGAAAAAGAAUGUUGAGGAAGAUUCUGCCCCACCAAGAUAUGCUAUAGUCUGUAGAAAAAGAAAUUGUAGAUUUCAGACUUCCUUGAUGCGGGACCAGGGCCUGAGGGAAAUAGAGAAUGAAUUUGUCAGUUUCAUUUUCUUUACAAAAGCCCCAAAUGCAUCAUUUGGAGAAUUAUUGUGAACAUGUUAUGAUUUGUUGUGAUCAACAGUCCAAGAUCGAGAAUUGAAAGGGGGCUUGUGGUGGUAGGACUUGAGGUCUGGAUCAGAAUGUUCCUUUCCUUCUCUUCCCUCCCCUCCAUCUAUAUGAAUACUUGU